AUGGCAUUUUCGCACUUAGUUCCAGCUCUGGCUGUUGCUUUAAUGAUUCAAGUUAUGCCAGUUUAUGGCCAGACCAGGAUACCGUGCAUGGCUUCCCUCGUCACCAGCUUCACCCCUUGCAUGAAUCUUCUCACUAAUAGUACCUACAACGGGAUUUCACCAACUGCAGACUGUUGCAAUUCGCUCCGGUCACUUAUGGGCAAUGGCAUGGAUUGUUUAUGCCUUCUCGUAACUGCAAAUGCCCCCUGGCAAAUACCCAUUAAUCGAACUGUUGCCAUGUCUCUCCCACGUGCUUGUAACCUUCCUGGAGUGCCUGUCCAGUGUGAAGCCAUGAGUGCCCCAAUUCCAGCUCCAGGCCCAGAGGCGUUUGGACCAAUUAUGUCUCCUACAGCUUCUGCUUUUCCAAAUCCUGCAGAUUCUACUGAUACCGAACCAAUGUCACCAACUUUGGCACCGGAAGCUGAUACAACGCCAGAUCUUUCUCCCCCACCUUCAACAUUUAAUUCUCAAUUUCCAACAGAGAAUUCAGGGAUACGACCAGAUCUUACCUCGUCAGCUGCCAAUCCCUCCCACAAGUUCUCACCUUCUGUUUUGUUAGCUGCAGUAGCAGCCUUUGCAUUGAAGUAUUAUUAG